AUGGAGACACGACUUAAUGAGCUGAAUUACCGGCCAAGGCAAAGUAGAAGCUCAAAAAAAAAGGGAAAGAAACCAUACAGUUUUUACAAUAUGGGUACCAAGAGAGAACACGAUAAUGAGCUGGAGGUUGACAUUUAUGAACUGGAAAAUUCCAAAAAGCAGUUGACCCCAGAUGUUGCUACUAAGGAAGGAUUUAUUGUCCCCAUCAAGAAUCCAGAUAUUACCACACAAACUAUCCACAAGAAGUUGAACAGCAAUGAAACAGAUGCUGAGCCCUCAACUUUUGAAAAGGAGCUUUUGACAAUGACUCAAAAUGCAACUAAUGAUCCAAGUACUAGAUCACCCAUGCAAGUUUGGACAAGACCUGAUCUAGAACAUAAUUUUGAUCCAACAACUCAUGAAAUUAUAUUCCAGCAACUAGACGCCGAAGAGACAAGUAUUUACGUUGACGGUAAGGAGGAGGGUUGUGUCAGAUUUUUUGGUAUCACUGAUACUGGUCAUUCUGUGCUAUGUAAUGUUUUAGGAUUCCGUCAUUACUUUUAUGUGCCUGCACCGCGUGGAUUCCCAUCAGAAUUUCAGGAAUUUACGAAGUACUUGCAAAAUCAGUAUUCUGGUAUGAUUGAAGAUGUUAAAAUUGAAAUGAAGGAAAGUAUAUGGGAAUACCAUGGAGGACAAAAAAUCCCUUUUUUGAAAAUUAUACUCACUAACCCUAGAUUUGCAGGAAAGGUUCGUACAGGUUUUGAGAGGGGUGAAGUUCAAUUCCGUGAACUAUUCAAUCCCACAGGUACAAUCUCUUUUGAUAAUCUACAAUAUUUGCUAAGGAUGAUGGUUGAUUGUAAAAUCACGGGUAUGAGUUGGUUAUCGUGCCCGGCUAACAGAUAUACGGUGAUUCAACCAAACGAAAAAGUUUCAACAUGUCAAUUGGAAGUCAGUAUAAAUUAUGAAGAUUUAAUUAGUCACAAACCGGAGGGCAAGUAUUUGUCGAUGGCUCCUUUGAGAGUUUUGUCAUUUGACAUUGAAUGUGCAGGUAGAAAAGGUAUAUUCCCAGAACCUGAGAUUGAUAGUGUCAUUCAAAUUGCUAAUGUUGUAAGCAAGGUUGGUGAUAGCAUCCCAUUUAUUAGAAAUGUCUUUACGGUUAAAAGCUGCUCUCCAAUUGUUGGGUCAGAGGUCUUUAGUUAUGAGGAUGAGGGCGAAAUGCUGAUGAAAUGGAGAGACUUCAUAGUUAAAUGUGAUCCUGAUGUUAUUAUUGGCUACAAUAUUGUCAACUUUGAUUUGCCUUAUUUGAUUAAUAGGGCAAAGGCUCUGAAGCUAGACAAGUUCCCAUACUUUGGAAGGUUAUUCAAUUCGAAACAAGAAAUUAAGGAUUCUGUUUUCAGUUCUAGAGCGUAUGGUACAAGAGAAUCUAAAGUUAUUAAUACCGAAGGUAGGAUGCAGUUGGAUUUAUUACAAUUUAUUCAAAGAGAAUUCAAGCUUAGAUCAUAUACACUGAAUGCGGUUUCUUCUCAUUUCUUGGGUGAGCAAAAGGAGGAUGUCCACCAUUCUAUUAUCACAAUAUUACAAGAAGGUGACUCUGAAACACGAAGAAGAUUGGCAGUUUAUUGCUUGAAAGAUGCUUUUUUGCCACUGAGAUUAAUGGAAAAAUUGAUGUGUUUAGUCAACUACACGGAAAUGGCUAGAGUUACGGGUGUUCCCUUUUCGUUCUUGUUGAGCAGAGGACAACAGAUCAAAGUUAUAUCACAACUAUUUAGAAAAUGCCUUGACCUAGAUAUUGUUAUACCAAACAUGAAGACAGAAAAUGUUAAUGAAGAAUAUGAAGGUGCAACUGUUAUCGAGCCAGUUAGGGGGUAUUAUGAUGUGCCUAUUGCAACAUUAGAUUUUGCAUCCUUGUAUCCAUCUAUCAUGAUGGCACAUAACCUAUGUUAUACAACAUUGCUAAAUAAGAAAACAAUUGAAAGAUUGGGCCUCAAGGAAGGUGAUGAUUAUACUAAAACACCAAGUGGUGAGUAUUUCAUCAAAAGCCACCAUCGUAAAGGGAUUUUACCAAUUAUUCUUGAAGAACUAUUGGGGGCAAGAAAACAGGCCAAAAGGGAUUUGAAGAAUGAAACUGAUGAAUUCAAAAAGCAAGUUUUGAAUGGUAGACAAUUGGCUCUAAAAAUUUCUGCUAAUUCUGUUUAUGGGUUUACUGGUGCAAAUAUUGGUAAAUUACCAUGUUUACAAAUUUCGUCAAGUGUUACGGCAUUUGGUAGGGAAAUGAUUGAAGCCACGAAAAAUGCUGUUCAAGAGAAAUAUAGUAUCAAAAAUGGAUAUAAGUAUGAUGCCAAGGUCAUCUAUGGUGAUACAGAUUCUGUUAUGGUAAAGUUUGGAUUUCCUGAUAUAGAGACAUGUAUGAAAUUUGGAGAGGAAGCGGCAGAAUAUGUUUCCAAGUUAUUCAUUGAUCCUAUCAAGCUAGAAUUUGAGAAGGUGUAUUUCCCCUAUUUAUUGAUCAAUAAGAAGAGGUAUGCCGGAUUGUACUGGACCAAUCCUAAUAAGUUUGAUAAAAUGGAUACAAAGGGUAUCGAAACGGUUAGAAGAGAUAACUGUAGGUUGGUUCAAAAUGUCAUCACGAGGGUCCUAGAAUUGAUACUAGAAGAUAGAAAUGUUGAAGAAGCUGAAGAGUAUGUCAAAAGAACCAUUGCUGAUUUGUUGCAAAAUAAGGUAGAUUUAUCUCAACUUGUUAUAUCGAAACAGUUGAGUAGGCAAGACUAUGCAAACAAACAACCGCAUGUCGAAUUAGCAGAAAGAAUGAGAAAGAGAGAUGCAGGUAGUGCACCGAACGUUGGAGAUAGAGUGGCGUAUGUGAUUAUCAAAACUGCUGCCGGUGAUAAAAAUUACGAGAAGUCGGAGGAUCCCCUGUACGUCUUAGAUCAUGGAUUGCCUAUUGAUACCAAGUACUAUCUGGAUAAUCAACUUAGUAAGCCACUAACUAGAAUUUUCGAGCCUAUUUUAGGAGAUAAGAGAACAAGGGAGUUACUACAUGGGUCACAUACAAGAAUCGUCAAGGUUGGAGGAGGUGCAAAGGGUGGAGGGCUAUUGAUGAAAUUUGCAAAGAAAUCCAAUUCUUGUAAAGGAUGCAAGGCCAACAUUCCUGACAAUGAAACAUUGUGCAAGAACUGUAAGAGUCGGAGUGGUGAGAUUUACGGUGCAGCGUUGGCCAAAAUGAACGUUAUGGAAGAGCGAUUCAGCAAGCUAUGGACUGAAUGUCAAAGAUGCCAGGGUUCACUCUAUCAGGAGGUGCUCUGUGAGAACAAGGACUGUCCAAUCUUCUACAUGCGGACCAAGGCGCAAAAGGACGUCCUCCAUCAAAGUGAGGAACUCCAAAAGUGGGACAGUUCAAGCUGGUAG